ACACUCUGCUUCAGGGACAAAACAUCAAGACGCUCCAUUAUAGGAAUAAAAGGAUAUGUUUGGAGUUCUGAAGAAAUGGAAGGCCCUCAGGAUCCAAACCGAGUUUCAAGCCCAAAGAAGCGCAAACUGCAUAAAAUGUGUGCGGUAGAUUUAGAGGACGAGAUGGUCAUCAAACGUGUGAAGAGCUGCAGGGCUGACUGUCCAUCAAAGCGCUGGAGCCAUGCCAUGUGUUUGAGUGAUCCUGAAACGGCCAUUCUGAUUGGUGGGGAGGCUGAUGACCAGGCCAGUUGUAAAGAUUCUAUAUGGAAACUGGAGAUUGAUAAUGAUUUCUGGUUCCCCAUGGACGUCUCAUCAUCUGAGGUCAGUCUACCAAGCUCAAAAGGUCACUCAGCAACCUUUGAUCCUGAGUCUAAAGCUGUCUAUGUGUACGGUGGUCUGAGAGACGCCCAGCGAUACAGUGAUAUUUAUAUACUGGACACUGUAACUUGGAAGUGGAAGCUUGUUUCUGCAAAGGGAAAUAUCCCAUCAUUGGCGUACCACAGUGCCACAGUCUAUAAGAAGGAGCUGUAUGUUUUUGGAGGAGUGCAGCCCAGCCGAUGUCCUGAAGGCAAGGUCAGCAGUAACGCAUUGUACAUUUUCAACCCUGAGCAUGGUCUGUGGUAUCAACCGAUCGUGGAGGGUGACCGUCCUCUUCCCAGGUUUGGUGUGGGGAGAAAAACUGCCACCUACCUCAGUGAUCUUCACAUCCUGGAUCUUGGCUUCAUGGAAUACACUGCUGUAAAAUACGAGAACAUACCACCACUGGCCCGUGGGUUUCACGCUGCUCUACCCGUGUCUGACAACAGGGUGCUGAUCAGCGGAGGCUGCAGUGCUGUAGGAGCCCUAAAGGACUUCCAUCUCUUUAACAUUGAUACAAGCUCCUGGACAUCAGUGGCAUCUCCUUUGCUUUGCUCUAAGCCUCGCGCAGGCCACAGUCUGAUAAGCCUGGGCUGUACAAAGGCUUUAUCUUCAGACCCGAGGGAUCGCCGUCAUGGCAAGAGCCUCUCUCAGUGUACCGUCCUAGUAUUUGGAGGGUCAGAUUGUUCAGGAACGUUUUAUAAUGACACCGUUAAAUGCACGGUUGAACUCCCUGUUUAGGAUCAGGGACUACAGGAUUUUUUUCUUAGAAAUGAAUGUAGGGUACUUACAAAAAAUUGGAACUUGAAGCACUUUUAGCGUUUGUUUUUUAAAGUUGCAUUGUUGCAGUUUUAGCAUGAACAGCUGUUUUACAGCUACCGUUUUUAUAUUGAUUUCCUUAAAAGCAAGCAAAGCCUUCACUCUCUCUCACAUGUAGUUCAGAUUUGUUAUUUAGUACAUUCAGAGACUUUGUGCA